GCCGUACUGUGCUUCGAGAGUUGCUAACUUUUGCGUUUCAAACACAGAACACUGUGCUGCACCGUGCUUGAAGCACACAGCUGCAAAGCGGCUAAUAAUUUUCAGUUUUUAGGGUUAGUUAAAAUAAAGAAACUCCAAAUAAGUGCUCAAAAUGCACCUUCUGUUCGGUUUCACUCAGUCUCGGGGUUCAGUAAUCUACUCCAAAAGCCUUUUGGUGACGUGAUAAAAACGCCACUCCAACUCUAUUCCAGCUCCGCUCGGCCAUCCAGAACCCAGCUAUAUUGUUCUGUUACUAAGGACUACACUACGGGUGCACGAUGAAAACGCUUACUGCUUUUGUCAGGUAACUGUCAACGUGUCAGGUGAGUUGAGUCAGUUGUCGUUGUCAGUGCCAGGUGCCAGAGUGUGAAUCAUAACAUUUGAAAAAACUAUAAAUUUAUGUGAUUAUACGAAUUUUUACUGAGUUUGAUUCGAAAUAAACAACAAACCAUGGACAAAAACGCCCAGGAAGCUCUGGAGCAAGACCUACAAGAAGAAGGACAAUUCGUCGUAGACGACGUGAGUAAAAUAAUCAAAGACGCCAUCGAAUCGGUGAUAGGAGGCAACAGCUAUCAACAAAACAAAGUAAACAACUGGACCACUGCUGUUGUUGAAGCUUGCACCUCCGAACUGACCAAACUUAUGAAACCCUACAAAUACAUAGUAACUUGCACGAUUAUGCAGAAAAACGGAGCUGGACUACAUACAGCCAGUUCGUGCUAUUGGGAUAAUAAUACUGAUGGAAGUUGCACUGUCCGUUGGGAAAAUAAGUCCAUGUUUUGUAUUGUUUCUGUAUAUGGUUUAGCUAUUUAAUUAGACAAAAAUUGUUCGUUCAAAAUAUUGUUUGCAGGCAAUUAAUAGGUGAAUGUUUCAGUUUUUUUUUUUUGUAUUCAUAGUAAUUAAAACCCAGUUAAAAUAUUGUUUGAAGCUUUUUGGAAAGAUCUGAUACCAAAUAAAAUCUGGAGCUAAUUAAAUACCCAAUUUUUUAGUUAAUAGAUUCCUUUUUAAAUACCUAAUGUAUAGUGAUUAAUAAUUAAAUCCACUAGAUUAGUAAAUUGCUUUAACUCUUAUUAAUUAUUAGCUUUAAAUUGCUUUUAGAGUUAAAAAAGAUUGUGUGUAAGAAAUAUCUAAUUACUGGAUACAGGGUGUUUAAAUAAUUAUUGGGAUUUUGAAAGAAUUUAAUAGUUAAAAUAAAUGUUUUAGGACCAGUACUUUUUCUCUUGGCUAACUUCUUGUUACAUUAUUGUCAUUAAUUUUUUUUUAAAAAUAGCUUAACUUUAGCCAUGGUUGAAUGUAUGUGAUUAAUUUUAUUGAAUUUCUUGUAAUAAGGUGGUUUUUAUGCAUUAUAUUGAUUUAUUAGUUUUGAACCUCAACAUAAUUGUGAUUUAAGAGGUAAACUCUUCUGUUGUGGGUGGGUUAAUUUCCAGGCAAGACAUAAUGUAUUCUUUGAUUUUUUUAAAAUAAAUUUGUAUUAUGUGUGUGAUUUAUUUCAAUUUGUAUCAUUUACAUGGGGUUUGAAUAAACUCAAUUGAAAAGGCAUGUAAU